AUGUCGAAUGCAAGGUUCGUUUUCUUUUCAUUUCAUUGACAGUAGCUGGGCAUCUUUUGAAAUGAAAAACUGAACUAACGUUCCUUCCUCUUGCACUUUCCCCCGAACACCCCAGAAGGUUUGUUUCCGUUUCCAUAUUUCCAUCAGUUUCAACUACAUUUUUAUGAGGGGCAUACUGCUGAAAUAUAUGGACAGAUCCCGUUUCUCGACUGCAUUACAAGGGUAUCCUUUGUGUACAUCCUCCCUUUUGACAAGAGACGGAUGGCAGCCAGUCGCAGUUUUUGAUAAAUUACCGUAGUGCGAAAGAGCGUGAUGGUGGGCGAGACGCCGCUCCGCGCACGCCAAUUAUCAAUUUUGAGUCGAUUCGAUGAGUUUUGAAUUGCCACGUCAUAAGGUUGGAGACGCAGAGGCGAGGUCACUUCUGUCCUCAAUUCCCCCAUUCUAGACUCUCACUUUGCACCUACAUGACAACUGGUGAGUUCAACUAGGUCCCCCAAUACAUGUUAAACAUUUAAAGCUUCGAAACAUGUUUCUUUUUGCAGGCGCCGUUUCAGUACCGUGACGCAGAUUAAUACAGAAGGCCUUCAAGCUAUGGGAAAAAGCGUAGGUACGUUCGUUUCACUGAAAACGGCUUCUUCAUCGUCAAAUGAAAGCUUUUAGGCCGAAUGGAAACGGUUGGAGAGGAUGGUAUCCCGGCGGAUUACAAAGGGAACAGAAAGUUCACGACGAGUCUCGGUCACUUGGCACUCUACAAGGAGGAUGAAGGAAUCGGGACGCAGGCCUCGUUCAUCUCGGGCUACACCACGCCAGGACCCAAGGAAAGAGCCACUUCCGAGCACCAGAAAGUGAGUUCGAGCUACUGGAGCUUGCGAUGAAAAUCAUGAGAGUUUAGGCGAACCUGGGUGUGAUGCUCGGAGUCUAUCUGCCUACGAUUCAACACAUUCUCGGGGUGACCAUGUUUAUUCGUCUGUUCUGGGUCGUCGGAAUGGCUGGAGUUGCCUGGACGAUGGCCCUUCUUGCCAUUUGUUGUUUAUCUGUGCGUGUGGUGCUCCUGAUAUUGACCUUCUUAACUUGUUUUACAGACUCUUUUGACAUCAAUCUCUUUAUCCGCAGUUGCCACGAACGGAGUCGUUGAGUCCGGUGGAGCGUACUUUAUCAUCAGUCGAAAUCUCGGAGCCGAGUUCGGUUCAGCCGUCGGAAUCCUUUUCUACCUGGCAAACACUGUCGCAGCGUCUAUGUACAUUGUGGGUGGUGUCGAAGUUAUCUUGGUGUGUCCUUACAUAAUUAUCGUUUUCCAAAUGUCUUCUUCCAGAUGUACUUGUGGCCUGAGAUGGCUAUCGGAGGUUCGGAGGCUCUUCACGACACGGAAAUGUUCGGAAGUCUGUACAAUAAUCUGCGUCUUUACGGAACCGUCUUCCUGCUCUUCCAAGCUCUGAUCGUGGCGAUGGGCGUGAAGUUUGUCCAACUGCUCGCUCCGGUCUCUCUGAUGUGUGUCGUUUUGGCAGUCAUGGCCUGCAUUGGCGGUGGAAUUGAGAAGCAGAUAACGAACGAAGGAAUGAAGUAAGUGAGCGUAGAGCAGGGAAGAAGAAAGUGACGAGUUCAGAGUCUGUGCAAUCGACAAUCAUCUGCUGCAGUCUUCAAUUAUCACUCAUCCGACACACAAGAAUCAGACUAGUUGGUACAAUGAAACUGUCGAUUUCUGCAACCUGUGCGACAAAUCCCUCUAGUAAGUUCAUCCCUUCGUAUUUUGCAAACAUCGGUUUUCAGCCUGGAGAGCGUUUUCUGUGCAAACGUGAACAAUGACGAAGCAUCCGCUGAGGACGACGUCUUCUGCACGCACUACACCUCGAAAAAGAUGACCUGUCAGCUGGCUUUCCCUGGAUUCAAUCUGAAGACUUUGAAUGACAACAUGUGGCCGGAAUACAUGGAUAAAACGGAGGUCGUACCGGGAGUGAGAGGGAAAGAGACGGCAGAAGUGGUUCAAGACGAAUCCUCGACGUUCUUCAUGCUCAUGGCGAUUUACUUUCCCGCUGUGACAGGAAUCUUCACGGGAACCAACAUGAGUGGAGAUCUGGCUGAUCCGCAGAGAAGCAUUCCGGUCGGAACCAUCGCUGCCACGUUGACAACCUCUGCCAUCUAUUACGUUCUUGCGAUUUUGUUCGGUGGCUCCAUAAACCGAAGUGUUCUUCGUGACAAGUUCGGUCGUUCCAUCGGCAAUACGAUGGUCGUCGCCGCUCUUUCGUGGCCUCAUCCCGCAGUCGUCACCGUCGGAGCGUUCCUCUCCACGUUCGGAGCGGCUCUCCAAUGCCUAUGCAGUGAGUGUGAUCCCUCUUCACUGUCCUAUUAUCCUCUCCGAUAUGUAUCUAGUUUGAUCCCCCCAUUCAGGUGCGCCACGUCUCCUGCAGUCGAUCGCCAAGGAUGACGUCAUCCCGAUCCUUUCUCCGUUCGCCCGCGUCACAAAGAACAAUGAACCGUUCCUCGGACUCGUGCUCACCGUCAUCAUUGCCGAGUGCGGAAUCCUGCUCGGAGCCGUCGACAAAAUCGCCGAAGUGCUCGAUUUCUUCUUCCUCAUGUGCUACGCGUUCGUCAACCUGAUCGCCGUUCUUCACUCCGUUCUGAAGUCGCCCAACUGGAGACCGCGCUUCAAAUACUUCCAUUGGUAAGUGAAAUCACCGUGAACUCAGAGAAGAACGGGGCACUUGCAGGUCGCUCUCCUUGCUCGGAGCCGCCCUCUGCUUCUUCAUCAUGUUUGCUUCGAGUGUUCCUCUCGCUUGCAUCGCUUGUACUGCAACUGCCGUCAUCUACAAAUACGUGGAGUGGAAAGGGUGAGUCAUUUUUGUGGGAAUAGAAUGCUUAGAGAUGUUUCAGAGCGAAGAAAGAAUGGGGAGACGGAAUGAGAGGAUUGGCCCUUUCGACUGCUCAGUACAGUCUGUUGAAAGUGGAGGACAAGGAUCCGCAUCCGAAGAACUGGAGACCGCAAGUUCUGAUCCUUCUCACGACCCAGUGGUCCAAGGAAAUGAUCGACAGAAGAGCUGUUUCCAUGCUCAACCUGGGUGCUCAGCUCAAGGCUGGUCGAGGAUUGGCCAUUGCGUGUGCUUUCCUGAAGGGAACCGUUGACUCGCAGAAAGAUAAAAAUAGGGCGAGAGAUGUGAAAACCACCCUUGUUAAGGAUAUGAGCAGUGUUCGGCUGAGAGGAUUCGCGAAGACAAUGUUUUACAACAACCACCAAAUCAACGGAACCAUCUCCGGACUGUAUCAAUCGAUUGGAAUCGGAGGACUCAGACCGAACACGAUUCUCGUGAACUGGCCGAAUGAUAAGAAUGCGGACGAACUUGUGUUGUUUGCAGGUGAGAAGAGAUUCCGAGAAAGUUCUUCAUUCACAUGUUCAAUUUUCAGAAGAGAUCAUCCACGGAGCGGCGAAUGAUAACUGCUUGAUUGUGACGAAAGGAAUCACCGAUUUCCCGGAGUACUCGGAGAGACUGACCGGCUUCAUCGACAUCUGGUGGAUCGUGCAAGACGGAGGAAUCCUCAUGCUCAUCGCCUACCUUCUCCGUCAGCACAAAGUUUGGAAGGGAUGCACUCUGCGUAUCUUCGCUGUUAGUGAGCAAGACUCGACAAAGUCCGAGGACAUGAAGGCCGGCCUUCAGAAGUACAUUUACAUGCUGAGAAUCGACGCAGAGCUCUUUGUAAAUACCCCGUUUUUCGAAUAGAAAUCCUACCGUCUGUUGCAGAUUGUGGACUUGUUGGACAUGGAAGUUUCGGAUGAAGUUGUUGAGAAGGCUGCGGAGGUCGAGAGGAAGCAGAAAGAGCGAGAAGAGAUGAGGAGAAGCAAGAGCGGAUAUCUUAACGACGGAUACUUGGAGGACAACGGAAAACCGCGGCCCGUCUCGAUGAGAACCAGCGAAUCAUCGAGAAGCUUCACGCCUCAGCCGCCCGCCCACACUUCUAUAAACCUCGAUGAGAACGAGACCUCUUUCACUGAGUACGUCGUUCUGAACAUCUUCUGUUUAUGCGAAUGUCUUUUUUCAGGAGUUUGUUCGACGACUUCUACCGCUCCGGCACUCCGAAUGAAGAAAUGGAAGGGGCGAUGAAGCUGAACAUCCACAAGAUGAACACUUCCGUCCGUCUGAACCGUGUCAUCCGUGAGAACUCUCCUGACUCCCAAUUGAUCCUUCUCAAUCUUCCGUCUCCCCCACGGAACAGACUCGCUUUCAAUAACUCUUAUAUGGUCGGUAACCCCUCUUUCCGAUUCCAAUACCGCUCUCCUUUUCAGACUUACCUCGACGUAUUGACCGAAGACUUGCCCCGAGUGCUGUUCAUCGGAGGAAGUGGCCGUGAAGUGAUCACAAUCGACUCUUGA